UCAUGCAAUUACUUUAUGAUCUGUGAAGAUCCAAGUUUUAGUUCUGGUGUUUGAAUUGCUUGCCAGGGGACAACUUCUCAAGCUGACAAGCUUGGUUAGUGGAAUCGUGAAGCUGUUGGCUAAAGGCUGUUAAAGGUAUAAGUUGGAAAAUUUACUUGCUUCACUGAGGAAUUUAUGUCAGGCAAACGCCCCCUAGAAGAUGGCCGGGGCGGUUCGCCUCCUCCAAAGAAAGUUCAGUUUGAGCCUGUGCAGUUGGGGCCAAUCUCAACUCUUGAAGAAAUGGAUGUCAAAACUCUCAAAUUUCAAAAUCACAAGCUUUACCAACGCCUGGACCACCGCAAGAAGAUAGAAGAUGAGCUGAGGGGUCGCAUUGAGCAGCUGGAGAAGCGUCAGACUCAGAGCGAUGACGUGCUGACUGUCAUCAACCGCUACUGGAACCAGUUUAAUGAAGACAUCCGCCUCAUGCUGCUCAGAUUUGAUGCUGAAACUUCUGAUGAAGCUGAAAAUAGAAACGAGAGUGAAGCUACCACCUCGUUCCUGACAAUGCUUUCUACAUGGGAUCGUGAUGAGCUUGAUGAAAAGCUUGCCAACAGAGUUCAAGUCUCUCGUCGCGCCGUGGCCAAGAUUGUUCAAGCGUUCGAUCGCCUUCACCAACGUAACGAGAAGAUCACGCGAGCUCUGAAGGGCGAGGGCAUCUCCAGUGGCGGGCUGGACAGCUCCACAGAAGACGUCUCCAUGGGACCCAUCCCUUCUCUGGACGAAGGCGUGAAGGCGCUUAAUGUCGAACUCCAGACUCAGAACAAGAAGAUAUCUGCUCAGAAUCUUGACCUGCACAAGAAACAUCACGUCAUGUCUCUCAAGGUGGCAGAGCUGGAAGAGAAGGUUCAGGCCAUGGAGACGGAGAAGGCUGAGAUGCAGAACAGGCUUGAGGACAUGGAGUACGACCUCAGCAAGACCCGCACUCGGUGUGAAAAAGUCGAGUCUCAUUUGGCAGACACGUGUCAUAAACUCAAGAUGAUGCAGGCCGAGUCGUCUGAAGCUGCCGGUCCUUCCAAGCCUGGCGUUGGCAAGGUGGUCACCACCAUUUCCAAUAGAAAGAUGGAAGACUGCCUGGCAGAGUUGGAAGAGCUUCGUGAACUCAACACUAAACGUCUGGAUGAACUCGAGAAGAAGACUGGCGAACACAAGGAAGCCCUCAAGGAGCUAGAACGACUCAAAAUGGAUUUGCGGCAGUUACCCGAAAGCAUCAUCGUAGAGACGACGGAGUACAAGUGCCUGCAGUCUCAGUUCUCGGUCCUGUACAACGAGUCAAUGCAACUUAAGACUCAGCUCGAGGAAACGCGGCACCAGCUACAGACCAGCAAGAAUGCCCAUCUCAGGCAGAUUGAGCAGAUGGAGAGCGAGGAGCUGCUGUCUCAGAAAAAGUUGCGCACCGAGGUCAUCCAGCUGGAGGACAUGCUGGCUCAGCUGCGUAAGGAGUACGAGAUGUUACGUAUUGAGUUUGAGCAAAACUUGGCAGCCAAUGAGCAGACAGGGCCCAUCAACAGGGAGAUGCGCCACCUCAUAACUUCGCUACAGAACCACAUCUCGCAACUCAAAGGCGAGAUCGCUCGCUAUAAGCGCAAGUACAAAGAGAGCUCUGCUGAAGUCAACAAGCUUCGCCGUGAGUUGGAAGAGUGCCAGACGAGGCUACUGGUGCGUCAGCGCAAUGCUAGCGCCGCUGACAGGCAGGACGGGUCUGCUGAACGAACAGAUCCUCCUAAAGAACAGGAGAAGGGCGAUGAGAGUGAUAAGAAGGACGGUGAGAAGAACCGUGCGGCACAGAGCAAGAAGGACGUCAAGACGCUCGAGAACAAGGAGCUUGCCAAGCAAGCCGCCGCCCAGGCUCUCAAGGAGAGCAGAGAGAGCGAGGCCAUCAAGAAUCUCAAGGCUGACCUCAAGAAAGCCCUGAACGAUUCGCGCGAGCUGAAGCUGCUGUUGGAUAUGUACAAAGGCGUGGGUAAGGAACAGAGAGAUAAAGUUCAGCUCAUGGCAGCUGAGAGGAAGGCAAGACAGGAAGUUGAAGACCUGAAAAAUCAGGUAAAAAAACUGCAAGAGAGCAAGAGAGAGGAGCGCAAGAAGCUUGCUGAUGAAGAAGCUAUCAGGAAAAUCAAGCAGCUUGAAGAGACUGGUCAAAAUCUGCAACGACAAGUUGCUCUGCAGAAGCAGGAAGAAGAAACUCUACUGAAUGAGAUGGAAGUGACUGGUCAAGCAUUUGAAGACAUGCAGGAUCAAAAUAUUCGUCUGAUUCAACAGCUGCGAGAAAAAGAUGACGCUAAUUUCAAGCUCAUGUCCGAGAGAAUCAAGUCCAACCAAAUAAACAAACUCGCUAACGAAGAAAGAGACAGUCUCAGCGAACAGGUGAACACCUUGACAACGCAAGUAUCGGCACAGAAUCAAGUAGUGCGCAAGUUAGAAGAGAAGGAGCGACUGCUGCAGAACAGCCUGAGCACUCUUGAGAAGGAGCUCACGCUUCGCCAGCAGGCGCUCGAGAUGCAUAAACGCAAGGCCAUCGAGUCUGCACAAUCAGCUGCUGAUCUCAAACUCCAUUUGGAGAAAUACCACGCGCAGAUGAAGGAAGCGCAGCAGGUUGUGGCUGAGAAAACCAUCACUUUGGAACAGGAAUCUUUCAAGUACAGGCGCAGCCAGGAAGAAGCAAUUAGUCUUCGCCGUAAAGUAGAACGAGCGAAGAAAUUUGAAAUGGCUGACAGAGCAGACGAAGUGCUCAUGGAAGAGCUUCGUGAGUACAAGGAGUCUCUGACGUGCCCGUCCUGUAAGGUGAAGAGGAAAGACGCUGUGUUGGUGAAGUGCUUCCACGUCUUCUGCUUCGAUUGCCUGCGCACUCGAUAUGAAACUCGUCAACGCAAGUGCCCCAAAUGCAAUGCUGCUUUCGGCGCCAACGACUACCAUCGUCUCUACCUUAACUAAAAUAAGUGAAGGAAUUUUCUUUGCGGAAUCUGCCUGUUUCUUUUCAAUCACCAAGAUUAUUAGAGUGCACUAUAAUAUUGCACUUGCUGUAUUUUUACUCAGCAUGCGCUUGGUUUACUGUAACAUGACUGUCGCUGUUUUUUGUGCGUCAUAGUUGGUAUUUGUCAGGUAAUUGAAAUAUUAAAAUUGAAAGAUUCAAUACAUCACAGUUUGUAUUUUUAUUUACACACGCUAAGUGCGGAACAUUGAUGUUAGUAGUUUAACUCUGCUGCAGCCAUUUUAUUCCAUUGUUUUCUCUCUUUCCUCUCCAGUUUUUCUCUUCUCCCUUCGUCAAUUCGUUCUUUUUCUUCUUCGUAUAAUCUUUUAAUGUUGGCGUCAACAUUCUGCAGCGGCUGCAUCUGGCGCACUGAAUACUGUAAAAACAAUUCAGCGUAUUUACUGCACAUUCUUCUAGCGGAAGUGUACAGGAUCUAUUUAACAGCGUAGUAGAAAAACGUACAGAUAGACGGUCACAGGUAUAUAGAUAUUAUGAAUUUUUUGUUUAGUUAUUAUAUGCCACGUGAGCAUAGAAAGAAUUCAAAAUUCGAAUAUUCUUUGUCUUGUUUUUACACAUUUUGCCUUCAUUCGAAGGCUACGUAAAUCAAUAAAGACUAAUUAAAC